AUGCCUGGCCUCAACAAUCUUGACAUCCUACUGGAGGUCAUGGCCGCCUCCAGUAGAAGAGACGCCGCCCGUCUCAUGGCAGCCUCUCGGGAUCUCUACUCCCACGGGGCCAAAUUUUUACUCCGUGACCCACCGCACAUAACGACACAACUGCAACUACUUUCCUUCUUGGCCUUUCUUUCCGCCCAACCCGAUGUACGCUCCAAGUUCCUCCGCCACCUAGAACUAUCCCCCAAAUACAGCUGGUCUACUCCCGUCUGCGUCCUGCUCGCCGAUGCGCUUUCACCCGUCCAUAACCUCCAAUCCCUGAAAAUAUCCGGCGGAUACUACGGCUGCCUUGCGGACCCCGAACUCAUUUCCGCGUUGGCUGCACUCCCCUCUCUCCAAGAGCUACGCGUAUUCAGCUAUGGGCUCGAUUGCCUUGACCUCCUGAAGGCGCUUCGCGCCCAGGUAAGACACCUCAUCGUCGACUGCCCGGGACACUAUCGCGAGAACAUCUUCAACGGAUACGCGGACGACGACGAAUGGGCCGCGCACCACCCCAUUACCGUGCUCGCGCACUCCGCGUUGACCCUGGAGGAGCUGAGCAUCUCCUGCUGGAGCACCCACCCCGACCCCGAGGUCGUACCAAGCCCCGACAUCAUCUACCCGCGGAUGCGCACGCUUUCGAUCGAGUACGGCUCACUGCCGGUGGUGCUACCCCUUAUACGCGCAUACCCCAAUCUCGAACACCUUUCUUUUGGCUUCCGGAAUGCCUACCCCGACGAAAUCGAGGAGUAUCGCCUCUGCAAUCUGAACGAGCAGCUCCGGACGGGAUGCACCUGGCGCCACUUGCGCGCAUUCGCGGGCGACCUUGCGGGCCUCUACGUUUUGGGUCUGACGUGCGCCAUCGAGCGGGUGACGCUCAGGUUGCCCGCCAUUUACCUCCACUGGCCUGGGACGGCCCGUCUCGGCCCUGCAUUGGUGACUGUGCUCGCUAGGGCGCGCCCGCGGUGUCUCGAACUCGACGGCUGGCUCGCGGAUAUCUGCGGGCCGAGGGGCGACGGCAAGUUUGCAAUGUUCAGAGAUGAAGGUGCGUCGCGGCUAGAGACGCUGACGAUCGAGGGCCAUCUGGACGGCACGGAGCAUGUCGGCGUCGAUGUUUGUGCGGUGCUGGAUGAUCUUUUGGACUCGCUCAAACGCUCACGACUGCGCCACUUCGCGCUGAACAUCUACACGGAAUAUCUCAACCCGACGACCGGCGCGGAGCAGCAGGAUGUUCCGCUUAGCGCGGCGGAGCGGGCGGCGCAGGAUCUAGACGUGGAGGCGGUCAUGGGGCGGUUCGUAACGACAAUCCCGACGCUGCAGACCGCGGUCUUUUCCGUGCAGGUCCCGCGCGAUGUACUGAGGACGCGCAAAACGACACUGGCAGACGGCCGCAUCCAGUUUGAAGAGAGGAUGUUUGCGUCAAGACCUGUCCUCAAUGAUGACGUUCUGCUCGACAUCAUGGCUGCCGCUCCCAUCGAAGUCACCGCCCGCCUCAUGGCUGUUUCUCGAGUUCUCUAUUUGCACGGGCCGAAAUAUGUCCUCAGUGAACCCCCUUUCCUCAAGGACGAACAACAGUUGCUCUCGUUCUUGGACUUUCUUUCGGUUCAGCCCGAGAGCCGCUCCAAGUUUGUCCGUCAUCUGAAACUGCAUUUCAUCGACUUGUCAGCUCCCACCUCUCUUCGCCUCGUAAACGCGCUUUCCCUCAUGACAAACCUCCAGUCUCUCGCGCUGUCCUGCAGGCCCGGGAAGCAAGUCCGCCGCCGCCAUGGGUGGGACGCGAGCCUAAUCGCCAGCUUCGCCGCCCACCCCUCCCUGCACGUGUUACACCUGUCGGGCCUUCAAGGAAUGGAUUCUCUAGAGCUCCUGCAGACCCUCCGCCCCAGAUUGACACGCCUCACGGUCGACUUCCCAGCUGGAACCCGCGACAACAUCUUUGACGAUCUCUUUGGCGUGCUCGAAUGGAACGACUUCCACCCCAUCCUCUGGCUGGCGCCCUUCGCGGCCACCCUCGAAGAGCUCAGCGUCACCCGCUGGUGCACGCACCCCAUGAACCCUCCGAUCACCAACGUCGUCUAUCCGCGCCUGCGCACGCUCGACAUGCAGGACGCCACGCUCCCGCUCACGCUGCCCUUCGUCCGCGCGUUCCCCGCCCUCGAGCGCCUCGCCUUCCGCACCAAGUACCACAACACCUACGGCGACACCGCCGCGCAGGUGCGGCUGUGCCGGAACCGGAACGUCCAAGAGCAGCAGCGCGCGGGGAUCACCUGGGCGCGGCUGCGCGCGUUCGACGGCGGCCUCGCUGGGCUGUACGUCCUCGGGCUGGUGUGCAGCAUCGAGCGCGUCGUGCUGGCUGGCGUGCGCCAUGACCAGCUGCACAUGCUCGCCCCCGCGCUGGUGCACGCGCGCCCGCGGGUCCUCGAGCUGGGCGGGUGGCCCGUGGACAUCCGGCGGCCCGGGCCGCGGGGCGACGGCGGGACGUUGGCGGUGCUGCAGGGCGCGGGCGGGGCGCGGCUGGAGGACCUGACGAUCGAGGGCCGGUUGGAGGGAGAAGAGCACGGCGAGGUCGACCUGUCUUCUGUACUGGACGACUUGCUGGACGCGCUGGCGGGCAUGCGCUUGCGCCGGUUCGCGCUGAAUAUAUACACGGAGCACAUCGACGCGAUGGGCUACGACGACGCGGCGGAGCGGCCGCUGGGCACCGCAGAGCGGACUGCGCGCGACCUGGACGUCGAGGCGUACCUGGGACGCUUCGUGGCGGCGGUCCCGGCUCUGGAGUGGGCGGUGGUUUCGGUGGAGGGGCCCCGCAGCGAGUAUAGGACGCGCACCGCGACAUUUGCGCGCGGCGGCGUGGCGUUGGAGGAUAGGACGGAGUUGCGGGAGAUGCGCAUCUGA